AUGGACUCACACGCCUCAAGAGGCGGGCACUUGGUUGCCACGGAUGGCCGAGAGGUGGUUUACUGUCACGCCUGCUCCCAUGAGUGGUGGCAAGAUGAGCAUGGUCUGCAGUGCCCUCGCUGCGAAAGCGAGAUCACAGAGAUUGUUUCUCCUGAAAACGACCCUAGAGAGAUUGAGGACGGGCCUCCUCUUCACGAUUCCCCGAGACUCAGACGUCACAUCUACGACGACGAUUCGGACCCUGAAGAGGCCGAUAUAGAGGAGCAUCUGCAUCGCGGCCCAGGCGGGUUCGUCGUACACCGAGCCAUCUGGGACAAUUCCCAGCGUCCGGGACAGAACCCAAACCCAAACACCCGCCAGCCCCCCGAUGUGAACGAUGGCGACCAGAUCAUUCGACGCUUUAUUGAUAUGGUGAAUGAUUUCGGCAUGGGCAUGCCACCGCGACCACCCGACGAGACUCGCCCUCCUGGCUUUGGCACUGGUGGAAACAUUUUUGGCGGUCAGGGCAAUGUUCGCACGUUCCAGAGAACAGGUCCCGGGGGCACCACGAGCUUCACGAUCGCCACUGGACCCAUCCAUGUUCACCAAGGAGGAGCCAACUCGCCUGCUGGAGCUGGAGGCGACCCCUUCCAGUCUAUCUUCAGCAGCGUCCUAGCUGGAGCGGGACCCCCUCAACCGGCCGGAAUGGGUCCAGGCCAGGGACAGCGAGCGCCUAAUCAAGCGCCUACUCUUCUCCAUGAAAUUCUCAACAUGCUCAACCCAGCCAAUGCCUCGCACGGCGAUGCUGUGUACACUCAGGAGGCCCUGGACCGGAUCAUUUCUCAGUUGAUGGAGCAGAACCCGGCAUCAAACGCGGCACCCCCGGCGACUGAAGAUGCGCUCAGCAAGCUCAAGCGCAAAAAGGUCGACAAGGAGAUGCUUGGCCCCGAUGGCAAGACAGAGUGCACAAUCUGCAUUGACGACUUCAAAGAGGGUGACGAUGCCACAGUGCUGCCUUGUAAGCAUUGGUUCCACGACCAGUGCGUCGUCAUGUGGUUGAAGGAGCACAAUACUUGCCCUAUAUGCCGUACGCCGAUUGAAGAGCCUAGCGGCGGCAGCAGCAGCAAUGACAACAACAAUGAUAACAAUGCCAAUGCGAGCGGUUCAAACAACGGCGGCAACGACAACAACCCUUCGCAAACUCGCCCUGGAGCAGCAGCGCCCGGCUCUUCAGAAAGCCAUCAAGACUCAUUCUGGCCUGGUAAUGAUCCGGGACACUGGGCAAACUCGAUGAGAGGGAUUCCCCCUCGACCAAGCUACAUGGACGCGACCCCUCCGGUCCCUGCUGACUCCACGAGACCCCAGUCGUCAUUUGUCGAUGAAGUCUAUGGACGCUACGGGGCUUCCAGCACUGGCCGCAGUGACCCGCAACGUCCCCAGGAAACGAGUCGAAUGCCGAGCUUCCGAUCCGCUAGACGUGACUCUCAUUCGCCCCCGAGCCUCCGCCGACACCAGUCUGAUGUGUUCCGAGCUAGGCAGCGGAGUCCUUCGUCUGGAAAUUGGGACAGAGGUCAGGACAGCAACCAGGACAAUAACCAGGACGCGGGAUCCAACCACGGACCGCUUAAUUGGCUGAGAAAUCAGUUUUCUCGAGGAUCGGGUUCGGGAGACAGUAACCCGCGUGAGAGACGGAGACAGUGA